GCAACGGCGCGGUCACGUGACGAUGAUGGCGGCGCUGCCGGGAGUGUCCUUUGUGCUGUCCAGGAUGGCCGGCUGCGGGAGCAGCUGCAAGAGUAAAGUGACGGUGCCCAAGCGGCUGUGGGAGUUCGUGAGCCGGGACAGCCCGGCGCGGCUGGCGCGGCUGCGGGAGGAGUUCCGCGUGUCCAUCCUCAUCGACGGCGAGACCUCGGACAUCUACGUGCUGCAGAUCGCCCCCCAGGCCGCCCCGCCGCCCCCCAGCGGCCUCCACCUGGCCCGCAAGGCCCUCAAGGCCCUGCUCAAGGAGGCCGAGAAGGAGCUGCGCAAGGCCGAGCGGCUCGGGGAGCCGGCGCGCUGCCUGGUCCUGGCCGGGCCGCCCCCCGCCGGGCCGCCCCCCGGGCCCGGCCCUGCCCCCCGCGGUCCCCCCGGCCCCGCUCCCCCCGAGGAGCCGGACGACACCUGCCCCAUCUGCCUGGGCGAGAUCCAGAACGCCAAGACGCUGGAGAAGUGCGGACACUCGUUCUGCGAGGGCUGCAUCGCCCGCGCGCUGCAGGUCAAGCAGGCCUGUCCCAUGUGCGGCCGCUUCUACGGCCGCCUCGUGGGCAACCAGCCCCUCAAUGGCCGCAUGCUGGUCUCCCGCGACUCCAGCCUGCUGCUGCCCAGCUACGAGAAGUUCGGCACCAUCGUCAUCCAGUACGUCUUCCCACCCGGCGUCCAGGGGGCCGAGCACCCGAACCCAGGCGUCCGAUACCCUGGCACCACGCGGGUGGCCUACCUUCCCGACUGCCCCGAGGGCAACCGCGUCCUGAGCCUCUUCCGGAAAGCGUUCGACCAGCGGCUCACGUUCACCGUGGGCACCUCCAUGACCACCGGGCGGCCCAAUGUCAUCACCUGGAACGACAUCCACCACAAGACCAGCUGUACCGGCGGCCCCCAGCUGUUUGGGUAUCCCGACCCCACCUACCUGAGCCGAGUGCAGGAGGAGCUGCGAGCCAAGGGCAUCACAGACGAUUAAGUGACCCCGACCUUUGACCUCUGACCCGACCCCGAGCCCCCCACCCCGACCUGCCUGCCCAGCUCCCUGUUUCCCAGGGCCUGCCUGGAUGGGGGGGCUGCCCAGCUCCCCAUGUCAAGUGAGCUGUGACCCCCCCGCCCACAUUCACACACACACACACACAGACGCAUACGCACACCCAAUUCCGGGCGAGGCCCAGCAUAGCCCAGGACUCAAGCCCUCCGUCCAGCUGGCCUCUGGACAGUGACCCGCCCCCGCCCCCGGCCCGAGCUCCGCCCCGACCCUACCACUAGCUGCUCUAGAAGAGACCUGGGAGAGGCUUCGUGCCCCCUUCCUGGCUCUUAUUCCCAGGCUCUCACUGCCGCCCCCCGCCCGCCCCGCCCUUUGGCUCCGCUGUUUCUGUGUCUCUGCCCCUACUUCGUCUCCAGGUCUCUUUGCCUCUCAGUCUCUGCCUCUGCCCUCAUCUUCCCCCCACCCCCAAGACCUCGUAGCUUUUGAUUUAAUAAAAAGAAAAUGAAGCAAAUGUGACGGGACUUGUCCUGGGAGUGUACUCCCUGCUGAGGGCUGGAGAAAGGCCAGAAGAAAGAGACCGGGCUGACGACUGGGAGACGGCAGACACGUGUGUGGCUGUGUACACACACAA